AUGUCCGAACAAGCACCGAAGCCGAACACAAUGGCAGAUGUCCUUUCAAUGUUGCCAGACAAGCGCCCAGUUCAAAUUCAAAUUUUGAAUUUGAAAGCUCAUCUGACAAACACCGUUAAGACUCUCCAAAGUAGUCUUAUGGAAGAGAUGACCAAGCUCAAAGCCGAUGUCCUCAUGAACCAAGCUUCCAAUGAGAAAUGCCUGAAUGAUUUGACGGAAACCUUGCGCAUUUACGCGAGAGAGAACCGAGACCUUGCCAGACUCAUCUACCGUUUCUUCGAAGAGAUAGACGCCAUCUGGAAGGUACUCGGAAAGGACAGAACCUCCAACACCGUAAUUCGUGAACACAGAAUUGAAGAAGGAAUUGUCGAGGAAGAAGAGGAAGAAGAGGAAGAAGAUGAAGAAGAGAAACACGAAGAAGAGGAAGUUUGGGCAACCCUUGUUGCCGAUGACGCUUACGAAAUUUCCCAACCCUACCCAUACCAAAUCCGCAACAAGGAGACAGGCAAGGUUCUUACCCCAGUCCUCAACAACUUGGGACACUUGAACCUUAACCUUCGGAAUCGCG